AUGUCGUCGAUUUUCUUUCUGUUGUUUUCGUUGUUGUUAUUUUCGGCGACGACGACGACGACGAGAACAACAACAACAACAACAACAACAACAACAGCAAUAAAAACAUCGAGGAAGCUUUUUGCGCUCGCGCAGCCGCUUCCGAAAGCGUGCGUGAACCCAACAUUUUUGUCGCUCCCUGCCGGGGCGAGUUUGCGACAGGAUAACGGGUGCACGUACUCGUCGGGAACAGAAACGUAUACGGAUUAUGGCGAUGGGACGACGACGAAGACGUUGACGUACGCGCCAACUGGCAGCGCGGUGCCUUCAAACGCGCACAUUUUCAACGCGUUCGAGGCUGGUUUUUCGUCGCAGCAAGAUAACGUCAUUUCCGGUUGGGGGUGUUCGACGCCGAGCUUGUUGUACGAUUCUACCGGUGGUUUGGAUAUUGGUUUGGCGGAGAGUAAAGUGAGGAAGAUUUGUUACGACUCGGCGAAGAAUUCGUUUCCAAACGUUCAAUCAGACAACAGCUAUCGAGGAACAGUGGGGCCAUGCGGCGGACACACGGGUGAUUACCACUUUCACGGAAGAUAUCACUGUUUGUACGAGCAAACUGGAGCGCAUUCGACGAAGAUUGGAGAUGUCGGCCCGUACAUCAUGUACGGUAAGUGGGAGGAUUUUACGAACAAAAAAUUACCGAACUUGGACGCGUGCGGCGCGCACAUCGGCAAAACGCCAGAUUCUCCUUCGCAGGCUGUGUAUCAUUAUCACGUUCAAGAUCGCGCGCCUUAUGGAGUUGGGUGCUACGGCGAUGGGACGAAUUUGAUGACUGUCUCCGCGUGUCGAGCGUUAUACAGCACGUGCGGCGAUUUCGUCGAAACGUUCUCGAACAUGCCGCAACCAGACGGUACUUUAAAGUCGUUUGCGUACGAUCGAGAUUGUCCGUGUUUCGACGCGAACGGUUUGAAUACGGGCGUAGUUACCGAACGAGCUAUCAUCGCGAAUCCCAAUGUGCUUGCGUUCGCUGCGAACGAAUGGACGUGCGGAGACGGCGUGAGCUGCAUGCAGACAGUUGAAGCGACGCUUGGUUUUACAGAUCACGUCGGGCCGCAAAGCGAGGCUAUUCCUUCUGCGGCAAGUCCUUCUCCUUCGGCAAGUUCUCCUGCUCUUUCCAAUUCAGGACCUCUUCCUCCUCCCGUUUCGUAUGCGCCAAACGAAUUCGAUAUGACGAUGUGUACCGCAGAUAUCGCCGAAUGGACAAAAAGGGGAGCGUGCGAGAAGAAUUUGCUCGUUUUCUCCGAGGACUCUUCCCUAAGCGGGAACUUGGUGAUGCGCAACGACGUAAGCACGCUAUACGCCGAGGCAGACGGAUCGGACGCUGGUGUCAAGCUCAGGGAAAAAUUUACGAACAUGAGAGACAAGAAGGCGUUUGUACGGAGCGCCACCGCUGAGGUCGUGUCAGAACUCGCUGAAAUCAAAGCGAUGAUUGAGGAGGUGAAGGCAAAGCAGGAAGUGUAUUUGACACCGCCAUUGCCGCCACCGAUGCCACCUUCCCCGCCGCCGUCUCCACCUUCGGAACCAAUUCCAAGUUCGAGUUGGCACGCGUUCGUCUUGGAGUGUUUAGCCGAAGUUGGCGCGGAGGUAACUGGCGAGUGCACGACGUGGGCGUCGGGCAAUAGUUACGGGACAAUGCCGAAUUGGGACACGAGUUUGGUGACUGAUAUGAAUGGAUGGGAUUACACCGCAGGAGUAUGCUUAGGCUUAGGGUGUAAAUGGACUUUCAAUGGCGAUAUUUCGCAGUGGAAUACAGGGGGAGUGACUACUAUGAAGGAUAUGUUUUAUAACGCGUCUGCAUUUGACCAAGAUAUUUCAAUGUGGGACACGUCGCAAGUACUCGAUAUGGGAUGGAUGUUUGGCGAUGAGGUAGGUAGCGCCUUCAACCAAGACAUUGGGGGUUGGAACACAUCGAAAGUGACUAAUAUGGCAUAUAUGUUUUCUUCCGCUUCUGCGUUCAACCAAGACAUUGGGAGUUGGAACACAGAGAAAGUGACUGAUAUGGGAGAAAUGUUUUAUGUCGCUUCUGCGUUCAACCAAGCCAUUGGGAGUUGGAAUACAUCGCAAGUGACUAAUAUGUAUUAUAUGUUUGAGUCCGCUUCUGCGUUCAAUCAAGACAUCGGAAGUUGGAACACAGAAAAAGUGACUGAUAUGCGCUAUAUGUUUUAUUCCGCUUCCGCGUUCAACCAAGACAUCGGAAGUUGGAACAUAUCGCAAGUGACGACGGUGAAUGGAAUGUUUCGCUCCGCUUCUGCUUUCAACCAAGACAUUGGGAGUUGGAACACAGGAAAAGUGACUGAGAUGCAAUGCAUGUUUGAUUCCGCUUUUGCGUUCAACCAAGACAUUGGAGGUUGGGACACAUCGCAAGUGACUGAUAUGCAAUGGAUGUUUUAUUCCGCUUCCACAUUCAAUCGAUACAUCAACUCGUGGAUUGGUCCGGCGGCAUUUUCCCCGCAGACAAGCUUGUUCUAUAAUGCGACGGCAUUUCAAGCUAAAUUUACGUGCGACGAUGCCGUUUUAGGGCCGAUUUUCUCUUGCUCCCUUACGCCUUUAACGCCGAUACCGUCCGAAAGUUGGCGCGCGUUUGUUGCGGAGUGUUUAGCAGAAGAGCCUGUAACUGGCGAGUGCACGACGUGGGCGUCGCAAAACGACUACGGCACGAUGCCAAACUGGGACACGAGUUUGGUGACGGAUAUGAGCGGAUGGAGUGGCGCGAAUGCGGUUGGCUUUCGCGAAAGAAGAAAAUUCAACGGCGACAUUUCGAAAUGGAAAACGUCCUCGGUCACGACGAUGGCGUACAUGUUUUACGAAGCUUACGCAUUCAAUCAACCCAUCGGAGGGUGGGACACGUCGAACGUUGCGAGUAUGCGCGCGAUGUUUCUCAGCGCUUCUGCAUUCAAUCAAGACAUUGGAAAAUGGGAUACCUCAAAAGUUACAAACAUGCGUGCCAUGUUUUAUGAAGUCCCCUCGUUUAAUCGGGACGUUCGACGGUGGAACACAGUGCAGGUCACCGACAUGUCGUGGAUGUUUUAUCACGCGAACGCGUUCAACUCGGACAUUUCACACUGGGUGGGACCCGCCACCGAGACUGCACAAGCUUACAUGUUCGCCGGAUCGUCAUCGUUUCAGGCCAAGUACGAGUGUACGGACGUAGAUCACGGCCCGUCGAAAUCGUGCGUGUGUACCGCGUGUAUUCCAGAUGCGAAAUGGCACGCUUUCGUCGAAGCAUGUUUAUCAGAAGAGGGCGCGGAAGUCACCGGCGAAUGCACUGCAUGGGCACUGGGGAAUACUCACGGGACUAUGCCGAAUUGGGACGUGAGUUUGGUAACGGACAUGAGCGGAAUGGCUGGAGAUGUCUUUCAAAAAGGCUUUGCAGGGAAAAGUACUUUCAACGGCGACAUUUCGAAAUGGGAUACGUGGCGAGUGACGAACAUGAAUUCGAUGUUUCAGAACGCGUCUUCGUUCAACCAAACCAUCGCAGAAUGGGACGUGUCGAAGGUUGUUGAUAUGGGAUCGAUGUUUGAGCACGCAGAAGCUUUCGAGCAACCAAUAUAUGAGUGGAAAGGCCGCGCGGCGACGACGGAACAAACAAACAUGUUUAAUGGCGCGACUGCAUUUCAGGCCACCUUUAGAUGUGCCGACGCAAUCAACGGACCGGCAAAUUCGUGUAAUGCGCAGGUUCCGAGUGCGAGUUGGCACGCGUUUGUCAACGAGUGCUUAAACGAGGCUCCUGUAACUGGCGAGUGCACGAGGUGGGCGUCUGGUAACAAUUAUGGUACGAUGCCGAAUUGGGACGUGAGUUUGGUGGAAGAUAUGAGUGGAUGGACUGGAAGUGCUUAUCAAGGCUUUGGCGAUAAAAGUUAUUUCGACGGCGACAUUUCGAAGUGGAACACAGAGAAAGUGACUCAUAUGAGAUCUAUGUUUAGUUCCGCUUCUGCGUUCAACCACGACAUUGGGAGUUGGAACACAGCGCAAGUGACUAAUAUGGAAUAUAUGUUUUAUUACGCUUCUGCGUUCAACCGAGACAUCUUUGGGUGGACCGGAACGUCGGCGACGACGCCGCAAACGAACAUGUUCACCGGUGCGACUGCAUUUCAAGCUAAAUACGAGUGCACCGAUGCCGUGACUGGUCCUGCACAUUCUUGCGAUUCGUACAAAAGCACGUGGGAUGCGCCUUCUCCUCCGCCAUCGACGUCGCCUUUGUCACCCUCACCGCCGCCAGCCUCACCUCCAUCACCGUCUGGACUGACUUCCUCAGAGGCAGUUGAUAGCGCGAGUGACCUCCUUGGGCGGCCGAGUGGUACGUAUUGGAUUAAUGUGAGAGGGGUCCCGACAGAAAUUUACUGCGAUUUAGAAACAGCCGGCGGCGGUUGGAUGUCCUUUGCGUCGGCGCCGGCCAGCGGAGGGUGGUUUUCCGGCAACUCAGGAUCCAACUCAUGGUUUGAUUUGAGCUAUUCAUACGGCACGUAUUCAGAUACAGGCGCAAUCGGUGACUAUUGGAGAGAUUUUUCGGGACAAAACGCGGAUGAAAUUAUGUUCAAAACCGGGGACGGGUUGUAUUGGAUUGUGCUUAAACUCGAGGACAUUAGUUAUCCCCAAAGUACCGUAUCCAACAGCCCAAACGGUAUUGUGAAUCUGGUCGCCUCCUCGGGCAAUUUUGAAGGCACCAACGGAGAAAGCAACUACGCGUACUAUCUUUUCAGAUCGGGUUCAGAAGAUCCUUGGAUUAAUGUAGGCAACGAUCACGCCGUUGGCAACAAUUACAUGUUUUGGGGCGAAAAUCAAAUAUCAGUUCAUGAUACUUUCAAGAACUCGCACGGAGGCAUACUCGCAUUUGUACGCACGAGCCGCACAAAUCAACGGGUUGAAAUUAAUGGGAAGUAUGUAUUUCAAGAUCGUGAUGGCUGGAUUUUGUUGCUCGCGUACGAUCGUAAGCAGGGGCAAAGCGACCCGCUGGUUACAGCCAUUCCAUCCUCUCCAACUGGGAGUUACUCGCACAUAUGGUUGGAAGAUUUAGGCUUAACUGCAGAGGAUGUCGAUUCCGUUCGGUUUUACUGCAGAACAGACGACCACUCCCGCGUUAUCCAUUUUUCAACGAGCCAUGAUAAGGUUAAAACCGCGCUCGUAACUGGUACGAAUAGUUUAAGCGACGGCACGGUGUAUAAGAGUGGGACGACAAAGUUUCCCGAUCACUCGGCGUACCUGCCGGACAACAAUUGUUGCGGCGGGUCAGAUCUCACAAAUAAUCCAUUUUAUCAAAUGGGAGCAUAUCACUGGCAACCAGCGAAAAAAUGCGAUAAUCAUGGAAGCUGGGAUCGUAACCAAUUGCAUCAAAUAUGGUUCAAGCGCAAAAUGUUUCCGCCGCCACCUUCACCUCCUGCUCCUGCUCCUCCGCCGUCGGCUCCAAUCCCUUCCGAAAGUUGGCACGCUUUCGUCUUCGCGUGUUUGGAGGAAGCUCCAGUUACUGGCGAGUGCACGAGAUGGGCGGCUGAAAAUACGCCGUACGGAACUAUGCCAAACUGGGACACGAGUUUAGUGACGGAUAUGAACGGAUGGACGGGAACAGGAAGCGUCAAUCAAGGGUUCAGAAACAAAAUUCGGUUCAACGGCGACAUUUCGCAGUGGGACACGGCGCAAGUCACGAACAUGAGACACAUGUUUUUUUACGCCGCGGCGUUUAACCAAGACAUUGGAAGUUGGGACACGUCAAAAGUAACGGACAUGGAGUACAUGUUUUACGAAGCGUCGGCGUUCAAUAAAAACAUCGCCAAUUGGGACACGUCUCAGGUGACGGAUAUGCAAUUUAUGUUUUACCAAGCCUUUGCGUUUAACCGACCAAUCGGAAGUUGGAGCACGUCGAACGUGCUCGAUAUGGAGUACAUGUUUAAUGAAGCUUCUGCGUUCGACCAAGACAUUUCUACGUGGACUGGAACGGCGGCGACGACGGCUCAAACGAACAUGUUUCUCGACGCAACCGCGUUUCAAGCUAAAUACGAGUGCACCGAUGCCGUUACCGGUCCAGCGAGCUCGUGCAAUGCGAUCAAAAGUACGUGGGUCGCGCCUUCCCCGCCACCAUUACCACCACCUUCUCCGCCUCCGCCGCCUUCGCCGCCUCCUCCGUUGUUUCUCGUGACAUUGCUUCAAGACGAGAACCAGCCAAAAAUCACCGCAGGGAGCGACGCUGCUGCGGGUGACUAUUUCGGCUUUUCCGUGUGUUUGUACGGCGACACGGCAUUGAUUGGGGCGCGAUACGACGACGAUAACGGUAUAACAAAUUCUGGAUCUGUGUACGUAUUCACACGUUCGAGCGUUGAUGGGAUAUUCACGCAACAAUCACAGCUCUAUGCGAGCGAUGCUGCUGCUAACGAUAUCGGUAAUCAAUUCGGUAUCUCUGUUUCUUUAUACGGCAACACGGCAUUGAUUGGAGCGAAAUCUAGCAGUCAAUCAAAUGCUGGAUCUGUGUACGCGUUUACGCGUUCGAGCGCGGACGGACCGUUCACGGAACAGUCAAAACUCAAGCCGAACGAUGGGGCGGAGAAUGAUUAUUUCGGUGUUACUGUUUCGUUGUACGGCGACACGGCGUUGAUUGGGGCGCAUAACGACGAUGAUAGCGGUACAAAUUCUGGAUCUGUGUACGUGUUUACGCGUUCGAGCGCUGACGGACCGUUCACGCAACAAUCAAAACUCCACGCGAGCGAUGCUGCUGCUAGUGAUGGAUUCGGUCGUUCUGUUUCUUUGUUCGGCGACACGGCACUGAUUGGGUCGUAUAACGACGACGAUAACGGUAAAUCAAAUUCUGGAUCUGUGUACGUGUUUACGCGUUCGAGCGCGGACGGACCGUUCACGCAACAGUCAAAAAUACACGCGAGCGAUGGGGCGGCGUCUGAUGCUUUCGGUGUUUCCGUGUCGUUGUACGGCGACACGGCAUUGAUUGGAGCGCAUGGCAAUUACGCAAGCGGUAGUUCAUCUUCUGGAUAUGUGUACGUGUUCACUCGUUCGAGCUCUGACGGGACGUUCACGCAACAGUCAAAAAUCGACGCCAGCGAUGCUGCUGCGGAUGAUAAAUUCGGUGUUUCCGUUUCAUUGUACGGCGACACGGCAUUGAUUGGGGCGCGUGGCGACGACGAUAACGGAUUAUCAGAUUCUGGAUCUGUAUACGUGUUCAAAGCACCACCUCCCCCACCGCUUCCCCCACCACCGUCACCGCCGCCAAUAUUUCUCGCAAGUCUUUCUGAAGAUACAGCGCAGCCAUAUAUAUUUGAACCAGAGUAUUAUGCUGGAGAAUCGCAUCGUUUUGGCAACGCGGUUUCCGUGUACGAAAAUACGGCGUUGAUUGGUGCGCCCUACUCCUUCGGGGCAAAUCACGUACACGUAUUUACUCGUCCACAUUCAGAUGCGACGUUUGAGCACACUUCGACAAUUCGCACAAGGACAGGUGAACAUGCAUCGGCAGCUUUCGGUACCUCAGUUUCUUUAUACAAAAACACUGCAUUAAUUGGUGACCCUAGUUUUAUGAAUGAGGGGGGCAUUUAUGGUGGACUCGUGUACAUAUUCACGCGGUCAAGUUCCAGCGGCACGUUCUCAGAAAAGCAGUUGAUUGGAUACGACGUUUACAAAACCGGCGCUUAUCUCGGUCGGUCUGUUUCUAUAUACGGAGAUACGGCUUUAAUUGGUAAGAAAGGUGAAAUAGACGUAUACACGCGUUCAAGCCCAGAUGGCUUGUUUGUUUACCAAACAAAAAUCACAGAGGCUGGUGCGACCGCAGACGAUCUUUUCGGAUGCUCCCUUUCUCUAUUCGUCGACACGGCACUGAUUGGGGCUCUUUCUGGCGUGCGCGUGUAUACGCGUUCGAGCUCUGAUGGGACGUUUACGCAACAAGCAUCGUUUACAUCGAGCGACGCUGGCGCUGAUGCUAAUUCGAAUUUCGGUAGUUCCGUUUCUUUACACGGCGACACGGCUUUGAUUGGGGCGUAUCAAGAUAGCGGUAACGGUAUACCAGAUUCAGGAGCAUUUUACGCGUACACGCUUUCGGACUAUGAUUGGAAGUUUACGCUUGUAGAAAAGAUCCACGCGAGCGAUGCAGCUACUGCUCAGUCUAUUUUCAAUCUCGACGGCGAUCCCGAUACCCAAGACGGUACGCUUUUUUUCGGUAUCUCCGUUUCUAUGUUCGAACAUACCGUGUUGGCUGGAGCUACUAGAGCUUACUAUCCCAGGUCCAAUGGCAAUAUCAAAUGGGCCGGCAAAGUGUACUUCUACAAAGGCGCUCCCUUUACAAACCCUGCUCCCGAUUGCUUGUCGUGUUCCUGCGCCGAAUUUAACGGCCCGAACAAGUUCUCAAAUGGACAGGAUAUAUAUUGCAACGUAGAAAUUGAAGGCGGGGGAUGGCAACUCGCAUACACUGUGAAUCCCAGCGACGGACACAGUAUGGGAUUCGGUUCGUCGUACUGGACGCAAUCUCUUUCGAGCGAACCUAUGAGUUCAUCCGUAAUAGAUAACGAUUACGUCAAUGGCGACGUGGUAAGUGCAAAAGGCAUGGAAGAGAUUAUGAUCACGAUUGGGUAUGCAUCGGACGGCUCGUAUCAAGCGUACACUGUUUGGCCUUUCCGUAAUGCGACGAAAUCACUUCUCGAUUACACGCGCGCGACUUCGGCAAACUGCUACACCGGUCAUGGUCAUACGUACGAGUACACUGCGAGAGUGGGCGCUGAGAAUGUCCCUUACGAUCCAAUAACCCAACAAGGGGGCGAGUUAUAUAUUAACUUUCAUUACGGAAACAAUGCUUUGCGUUUUAUGACGUCAGAACAGUGCAGAUACGACAAUAAUAAUGUACUCGGGGAUAAUAAUAAUGGGUUAUCCUGCAUCAACGAUGAUGCGAUGAUCGGCUUAGGCGGGGAUUAUAUAUACAUGACGCAAACGGACACCUAUCCGGGUACUUUAACGGGCGAGUGGGAUCACGACGCGAACGUGUAUGAGUGCAAUGGGCCUGGCGGUUUGAUUACACACACAGACACAAAGUUGACGGUACAGGGUACAGAUAAAGGAACCCCUACCUCUAAUUACCCCGGCGGACUACCUUCGAAUAGCUCUAUAAGCUACGUGUACCAAGUCUGGGUGCGUUAA